AGGUCUUACUGCAUUCAUCAUCGUGAUUGCAAUUGUCAUAUCUAUGAUUAUCUGGAGGAGGAGACAUGUGAAGAACUCGUCUAAGACACGAUCCAUUGAUGCGCCUGUCUAUGAUUCCAUUGGCAAUGAGUAUAAGGUGGCCUUUAACCCGAAUACAGACGUCACGAUCGGAAUUAGCAACGAUGCGUACACUACUCUGAACGUGGGUAGCAUGGAAACAAUUGAAACACACGAAUCACGAUACAUGGCACUUGGAGAUGGUGUUACAGGACGUCCGAGGGCAGAUACAGAAUCAACUGACCCGAGAGGGCGCUCGAAUACUGCUAACAGUACUACGCUUCUUGUACCUGUCGAUGACGAAGGGUAUGCUUCCUUACGGAGUACCCAACAGCUACCUUACAUGAGUUUGUCACAUGGCAGGGAUUGCAACCAGGGGAGUGGAAAUGAUCUGUCUUCGGGGGAUGUGGGUGGAAGGGAGGGCGGUGAGUUUGACCAACUUCGAUCUGCUUUGGAAUCACACCGUAGCUCUGUAGACACGAACAGUAAUGUGUAUGAAACCCUGGAAACCCCUAGGCCAUCAAUCGACAUGGGUGUCCUACGCAAGCAAGGGAGUCUCGGGGAGAACGAGUAUGAGGAACUUGAUUACACGGAAAUCAACUCAAACAAGGAUGUUGACCAAUCUACAAAGCAACAAUCUCCUCGUCGAAGAAUAGAUGCUGCUCCCAAAAGCAAUUCAUCAGAGGCUGAUGCAAUGGCAAACACCAACACUGAUACAACCUACAACGAAGUGGAUGACAAAAACAUGAUUUUCAAUGAUCUUUAUCGCCCAUCCGGAAGCGAUUUUGUUGAGUGUGGUAGGUCAAGUAAAACUCACAUCGCAAAUACACCUACAUCGAACGUUAUCAAACAAAAUGGGGAAGAAAGAAUGUCGACAUAUGAUAAGGUUGAUGAUGCUACCUUAUUGUUCAACGAUCUUUAUCAACCUUCAGUAAUGGCAGAAGACCUGAUCCAACAAGUCAAUGACAAAAUCAAAAGGAAAGCCAGUGCUUCAUCUGAGUCAGCAGCUCACCCGAAUCCAUAUUAUUUCUGCCUGAACCCUUCUGAUGAUACUGACCCAAUAAGAGCACACGGAGUCUUAAAUAUUAGAACAGAUGUCCCUCUUGCAGGGAUGUCCCUACAGACAAAAAAGGACGAUAGCAGUCGAGAAAAUGUCGACGGGAAAUUUGAAGAUAUUGAAUCACCACCAUACUUUACGUUGGAACCUCCCAAUUAAACAAAAAGAGCAUUCCCAAUGUAAGACCUUUCAAUUGUGAACAUUUGGGGGAAAACUGAUGGGAAAUUCGGCAUCAAUACAGUGAUGUAACCGAUAGUCAUGGUAGUGGGGAAGUUUGCUUUCAUUGAUAUAAUGUAGUUGUUCUGCUAUAUGCAGGCCAUCAUGUAGGCCAUCGUUUACGGCUUGAUUCUGUCGACUAGUACGGUCAGCGAAGCCAUGAGACUGAAUAGUUUCAUAAUUAAGUAAUUGAUUAUAAUACCAGCCUGGCGCCCAUGCAGCGGAAUGCUGCUUUGCUGAGUUACUAUGGGAAUUACCCGAACAUAAAGAGAUUCUGAUAUAGUGUGAAGAACAACUCGGUAAUGGAGUUGAUUUUCUUUUAUUUGAUCCAAUUUGAUUUGAUUUAUUUGAUUAUGCAUAACAUACAAUGAUAUUCAGUGAUUCGUGCAGCUUGGAAUGAUAAGAAUAAGUAAUCUCAAGAGCAUAUUUUCCCGGUUUUUAAACCAUUGGAGAAAAUAACAUGGAAGCGUUUUGAAGUCAGUUAUAUUUUCAAAUGAAAAUUGUAGUUUUGCUAUUGAUGAUAGGUUCUCGUUGUGAUAUCAUGGUUAUUUUCUCAAAAGAAAAAAUGAGUUGGAAUACAUGUACGAAAUGAUUCAGAUUCAGAUUUAUAUUUUUAUUUAAUUCAUCAAUUAUAAAUAAUCACUGUAAUCGCCAUAUAGUUAAACUGUAACAUGGAGGUGCCGUGGCCGAGUGGUCUAAG